AUGCUGAAUAUAAUAAGGAUCUCUGUGCUGCUCGCUUCAUUUGUUUCACUGGCCCUAGCUACGGCCCCAGUCCAACUCUACGCCCACUCCCUUGAGACCCAUGAGCUCAGCAUCAACUUGGGAGUGUUGACAUACAACGAGACUUCAGGCUCCACACAGGUCAUAGAUGCUCCUGAGCUUCCAGAGUUUGAAGAAGGUGACUACUGUAUCGGUGCUGAGAUUAAUGGUAACUUCCAGUGUCAUAGUUAUGCUCGCCUUGAAUUCCCAUUGAGAUAUGAAUUAAUCAUCAGCACAAAACCGAAAACAGGUGAACUGAUCUCCAUGUCAUUUAGACGUGCUGAAAACGAAGGUAUUAAAUCAAUCAUUAAACCAGCUGUACCAGGUGCUCAACCAGCUACCAAAGAAGCACCAAAAGUUGUCAAGAAUGCCGAAGGGAAAGAAGUCUUGGAAGAAGAAGAACCUCCAAAAUCAUUCAUACAGAAAUACUGGAUGUAUAUUGUCCCAGCCUUGAUAAUGUUCAUGAUUUCCUCAGGACAAGAACCUCAAGGCCAAUGA